UCCUCUUCCUCUCUCUAAACCCUUAACCGGUGACGGCGGAUCCCCUUAGCGAAUUGGGCCCAGCGAUAUUCGAAUCCGAUAUCGAACUUCCCUCCCUCCACCGUCCUCAACCAUGACUGAAACUGUUGAGAUGGAUGCAAACGGUACACACAAUGAAAUUGCAGUCCACAUGGCUGGUAAUGAACCGGCAUCAAGAAGAAGAUUGAGAUCAUUAGUAUGGAACGAUUUCGCCAAAGAAAGGAAACCGGAUGGGAAUUAUGUCGCAAUCUGUAACCAUUGCAAGAAGCAGUUUUCUGCUAGCAGCCGCAGUGGCACCACCCACUUAAAGAACCACCUUGUGACUUGCACCAGCACGAAAGUUCGCAAGAGAAGAAAAUUGACUGUUAGGAGAUUUGGCUCGAAAGAUGACACAAAUGACGGGGCUUCUGAUAUUUCUCCAUUUGAUCAAGAAUUGAGCCGACGUGAUUUUGCCCGGAUGGUUGUGAUGCAUGCUUUUCCUUUUACUAUGAUUCAUCAUGCUGGUUUCAAGGCAUUUGUUAAGAAUCUCCAGCCUCAGUUUACGUUUAUGUCUGAUGAUGUUGUUAGGAUGGACUGCAUGAAUAUUUACGAGGGCGAAAAGGUUAAAUUGCGGGAAUUUCUUGGGAAACUUCCUUGUAGGGUUAGCCUCAGUGUCGAUAUGUGGAGGUCGAAUGAGGAUGUGGAGUACGUGUGCUUAACUUGUCACUAUAUUGAUGAUGAUUGGAAGCUUAAGAGGAAGAUUCUUAACUUUUUGCAUGUUGAGACUUCAAUUUCAGGGGAAGAUAUUGCUAAGAUUAUUGUAGAGAGACUGCUCGAUUGGAAUCUAUAUGGGAAGUUGUUUAGUGUUAUUUUGGAUAAUUGCAAUGAGAGUGACGUGGUGGCUAAAGAUCUUCGCGAGUUUGUGCUGUUGAAGAGUUUUUUCCCGUUGAAUGGCGAAUUUUUUCACGUGCAGACUGCUGCAUCAGUAAUGUAUGCAAUUGCACAAGAUGUGCUUUGUUUAGUGAAUGAUAUAGUUAGUAAAGUGCGAGAUACUGUGCAACAUGUGAGGUCUUCACAAACCAAGCUCGAUGCUUUUCAGAUUGCAGCAGGAAAGGUUGGAGCCCCUCAGAAACCGUUGAUUUGUGAUGAUCAGAAUAAUUGGAUCACAACAUACUUGAUGCUUGAAACUGUGUGUGAAUACCAAGCUGCAUUCACUUGCUUGGCAGAGUGUGACAGUGAACACAUGAGUUCAUUAUCUUCAGAGGAGUGGGAUCUUGCUAAAGCUGUCACUGAGUGCCUUUAUGUAUUUUAUCAUGCGAUAGAGAAAUUCUCAGAGACGAAGAUUCCUACGUCAAACCUUUAUUUUAAUGAUUUAUGUGGUAUCCAUCUGCUGAUAAAAACUUGGAAAGCGAGCAACCUUCCUGUUAUUGCAACGAUGGCUACUCAAAUUCUUGAAAGUUUUGAAAAGAAGUGGGAGUCAACGGUUCUUCUUUUGGCAAUCUCUUCUAUUCUUGAUCCUCGAUACAAAAUGAAGUCAAUCGAGUAUUUCUUCAAUAAUAUUUAUGAUGAUGAGUGUAAAGCCAAUGAGAAGAUUGACAAGGUCCGCCAGUAUUUAGGAAAGCUCCAUGAUCACUAUGCAGAGCGUUCAAAUAAUAUAUCCAAUAACCAAGCAUUUCUUUGCUAUGAUGAGAAUAAUAACAGUUGUAGUGUUGAACUUAAAACUGGUUCAGAAUCAAAAAAUUCUUCUCGCACAUUGUUCGAUGCACGUAGGGGACUUGAUCAGUAUCUACAAGAGACCUCAUCAAGUCAACAGCAAAUAUCAGAUUUGGAGUUGUAUUUGGAUGAAGCUGUUUAUCAAUGCAAAGGUUCUGAGGACAAUUUCAACAUUUUAGCUUGGUGGAAAUUUCAUGCAGCAAAAUAUCCUGUCCUUUCUAUAAUGGCUCGUGAUAUUUUGGGAAUUCCUGUGUCAAUUGUUUCAAUAGACGGUGAAAAUAGAGUGCUUAAUCAGUAUUAUAGUUCUCUGGACCCAGUGACUGUUCAAGGAUUGAUCUGUGGACAGGAUUGGCUAAGAGAAGAAUUUGAAGUUCAAGCAGAACCGCCAGCACCAGCAGAUGAUAUUGCCACUGUUCCAGUAGCUGCUAAAUAUGAUAGUGAUGUCGAUGAGCGCAUG